ACUACAAGGGGACCUCCGGAGUGAGUUCGUCCACGCUUUGAGAAGUAGGUUAGCAGGGUAGACUGAGAACCUUGCAAGAACCUUGGAACCUUGCAAGCCAAGCUAAACCACCGUGGGAAUAUUCUGUCAAGAAGCUACCGAAAUAGUGGAUCGAGACAAACAGGAAAACAUGCAACUUGAACUGUCGAAUAUCUUUGCAUUUAAUUAACUGUCGCAAGACUCUCCUCGCUGAUUUUUGCCUUAUUUUCUGAAAAAAUAUGAUCUAGUUCAUUAGGCUAAAGAAGUUUUUUUACGUGCCAGCAAAUGCUGGUCUUUCAACAGUUUUACAGAUAUUUGUAUUCAAUUUACAACCCACAUGAAGGCAAAUUCAUUGAUCCAGAAACGAUAAAUAUUCAACAUGAGAGCUCAAAUAGAAGUAAUACCCUGCAAGAUCUGUGGGGACAAGUCCUCAGGUAUUCACUAUGGGGUCAUUACCUGCGAAGGUUGCAAGGGGUUCUUCCGCCGCAGCCAGCAGAACAACGCCAUGUACUCGUGUUCCCGCCAGAGAAACUGUCUUAUUGACCGAACCAACCGCAACCGCAGACUGCAGAAGUGUCUGGCUUUGGGCAUGAGCCGGGACGCGGUGAAGUUUGGCCGUAUGUCUAAGAAGCAGCGAGACAGCCUGUACUCGGAGGUUCAGAAGCACCAGAAGAACCAAGAGGUUCUGAACCAGGAGGUUGUGAACCAGGGAUGUCUAAACCAGGGUUUGUCCCUGACCAGGGAAGAUGUGGCAGGGGGAGACAGCGAGGGGGACAGGCACAGGGAGCUCAGUCACCCCUACAGCAGCGACGGCUCCAGCUCCACCCUGAGUGACCUGGAUGACAUCCCCGACCUGUUUGACCUGCCCUUGACCCCGGAGGAGGCCCACGAGUACUGCAGCCUGGAGCUGCUGGGAGGCCACGGCGGAAGCACCGGGAACACCUCAAACUCUUCAUCAUCGUCAUCAUCCUCUAACAAUUCGUCCAAUCAGAACUCGCCGCAGCAGAAUCUGCUGGAUGUCACAGACGCCAAUGGAAUCAAACAUGAGUACCAGAUGUUGUCGCACACACAAGCCGCUCUGCUGGAGCCACUGGCCAAUGACUGCACUCUUAUGGAUAUAGAGCGUAUCACCCAGAGUGUGGUCAAGUCCCACUUGGAGACGAGUCAGUACAGUUCUGACGACCUGAAGAGGCUGACAUACAGUGGGAUUCAGUACUCACCUGAGGAGACCCGCAACUUCCAGUGCAAGUCUGAAGAGUUUAUGUGGCAGCAGUGUGCCCACCACAUCACCAAUGCCAUCCAGUACGUGGUGGAGUUUGCCAAACGCAUCACUGGCUUCAUGGACCUGUGUCAGAACGACCAGAUAAUUCUGCUCAAAGCAG